GGUGCAGCUCCAAGACUUUGUGUGGCAGCGGCAGUCACAAGGUUUUGGGACCAGUUCCCGCCGCAAAAAAAUUGUGAGACACACGAGAAGCACGUGUAGUGGGUGGUCCUCGGCACACUGCUUUCACGUGGCUCUAGCGAGCGCCGAGCCCAGCCGUCAGUCCAGUGUGGCAACAACAGGAGACAACAUCAGCAUGGCUGCGGAGAUGGAGCCCUCGGAUGUGAUCCGCCUGAUAAUGCAGUACCUCAAGGAGAACAACCUCUACCGAACACUGACCACCUUACAGGAGGAAACCACCGUCUCGCUCAACACAGUGGAAAGCAUCGACAGCUUCAUUGCAGACAUAAAGAGCGGCCACUGGGACUCCGUCCUACUGGCUAUCGAGUCCCUCAAGUUGCCUGACAACAUACUUAUUGACCUUUAUGAGCAGGUUGUAAUGGAGCUCAUUGAAAUGAGAGAGGUGGGAGCAGCUCGCUCACUCCUCCGACAAACCGACCCCAUGAUCAUGUUGAAGCAGACGCAGCCAGAGAGGUACAUCCAUUUGGAGAACCUGCUAACAUGCUCCUACUUUGACCCCUGUGAGGCGUACCCGAAAGGUGGCAGCAAGGAGAAGCGGCGCAGAGCAAUAGCCGAGGCGCUGGUGAGGGAGGUCAGCGUGGUGCCCCCUUCCCGUCUCAUGGGGCUCCUGGAACAAGUCGGCUCCAUGAAAAUACAGCAGUAUCCGAGUCACCUCUCCCCCGACAUGACCAUCGACACAUUUGGCAUCAAGGACAGACAUGAGGAGAAGGAGAGAUUUCCAACACAGCUGUACCGACACAUCAAGUUUGGGCGGCGGUCACAUGUGGAGUGUGCCCGUUUCUCUACUGAUGGAAAGUACUUAAUCACUGGAUCAGUGGACGGGUUCAUCGAGGUCUGGAACUUUAACACUGGGAAAAUUAGUAAGGAUUUAAAGUACCAGGCCCAAGAUAGCUUCAUGAUGAUGGACGAUGCUGUGCUGUGUAUGGGCUUCAGUCAGGAUACAGAUCUACUGGCAACUGGUGCUCAGAAUGGCAAAAUAAAGGUGUGGAAGAUCCAGAGAGGCUUGUGCCUGCGCAGGUUUGAACAUGCUCACAACAAAGGUGUGACCUGUCUGAGCUUCUCCAGGGACAACAGCAUGAUCCUCAGUGCCUCCUUCAACCAAACCAUCAGAAUACAUGAGCUGAGGUCAGGCAAGACACUAAAGGAGUUAAAUGGCCAUUCAUCGUUCGUAAAUGAUGCCUCUUUCACUCAAGAUGGAUUUCACAUCAUCAGCGCCUCAUCUGAUGGCACAGUUAAGAUAUGGAAUACAAAAUCCUGCGAAUGCAUCCACACUUACAAAAAUCUGUCCCGGACAUCAGAAGUCCCCGUCAACAACGUGAUUCCUCUACCCCAAAAUCCAGAGCACUUUGUCAUUUGUAACCACUCCAACACGGUGGUCAUCAUGAGCAUGCACGGUCAGACUAUGAAGACCUUCAGCUCUGAUAGAAAGGAAAGGGCCGACUUUGUGUGCUGCACCCUGUCACCCCGAGGGGAGUGGAUUUACUGUGUGGGAGAGGACUUAGUGCUGUACUGCUUCAACUAUACGACUGGGAGGCUGCAGAAAACUCUGACAGUUCACGAGAAAGACGUAAUUGGCAUCGCUCACCAUCCACAUGAGAAUCUGAUUGCCACAUACAGUGAGGAUGGCCUCCUAAGGCUUUGGAAACCUUAAACUGUCUCCUGCAAACGUGAUAUGGAAGACCCAGAGAGCCUUACACGGGGUUAUACAGCAAUUUACUCAUUUUCUAUUAAAUCAAAAAGAUGGUCUAAUAAAACAAAUUCAUCACAAGGUCCAUUAAAUAGCUGGUCUGGAGCUUUCAGGUCAUAUCAGAAGGAUUUCUAGUUGUAAUGGAACUGCAGAUGUUAACAUUUCUGCACUUUAACUUCUUCUUGUCAAUGUUGGCACAAAAGUUGAGGUUCCAAAUUAUAAUUGUUUUACUUCGGAAAACAACAGUUUAGAAGAUUCCUUGACAAAUGGGCAAACUCCUUCUGGUGAUGAAUAUCAUGUGAUAUGACUGAAAGCACCACAACAGCUACUAAAUGGACCUUGUGGUGAAGUUGUUUUCUGAAGCUGCUGUUUCCAAGGUCAAAACAUGAACUCCGCAUUUUCUGCCAAUUAUUGACAGCCAAUGAGAGAGUUUGUUAUGUCUGAUGGUGGAUUAGAAAGAUUUUGCUACAUAAUGGGGAAAGUGGCAAAAUAAUACAGUUAGCAAAUGAAAAAGCAAAUUACGGAAACAAUCUUUUUAAUCUCUUUUUAAAAAUUAAAGGAUAAGGCCUUCGAUAUUCUUUAUUUUCAUAUUGUCAAUGAAUCCCAUGAAAAGACCACAACCAACAAUAUAUUCCAUAUUAUCCACCAUGUCUGUGGAUCUCAGGCCAAGUCCUUUGGUUCCUACUGAAGAUGUCAAUCUUAAAAAGCAGGUCACAAACAAAGAGCUUCAUUUAUUUAAAAAAAGCUAAAUGUAUAUAUAUUUUUUAACAAAUGUUGUAACAAACAUGAGUAAAGAAUGCAUUUGUUUGGGACUAGUUUCAGCUGCAGAUGAAUACACACUUGGUGCUCUAUGAGUAUUUACAGCAGAAGAACGGUGCAUGGGGAUGCCCUCUAAAUAAACUACAGUACCCAUGUUCAUGGUAAUAAAUGAACAGGUCGACUAGUGGAACAUUGUGGCUCACUGAUUUGUUUUUUUUAUAGUUUUUUGGAUAAAAAUGGAAGUCUAUGGCUUUGGAUCCGCAGGCGCACGUGGGGGCAAUUCAGUUUUGGUUUUGUUCUUUUCAUUUGACAAAAAGAAACAUAUAGAAUAUCACUUAAGUAUCCUUUAAGUAUAUUGUUACAAUAAUUUAUAAACUCUAAAUGAGUCUUAAUUAAUAUAUUUUUAAUACAUAUAUUUGACAAUUAUUUAUACAUUAUUUUUCAAAUUUGUUUUAUUUAUUGGUUGAUUAAUCUGUAAGGUCUUUGCUUUAAAAAAGUUAACAAUACUGUACACACACACACACACACACACACACACACACACACACACACACUUCCUCAUGAAUCCAACUUCACCAGUGCAGUUUGAAUCCCUAUUUUCAUAUCUUCUGUCUUUAUUAGAUGAAUGAAAAUGCAUGAUGGUGAACUGUUGUGGAAAUAUUUAUAAUAAAAAAACGCCUCUUGUUUGGGCAUAAACAAACAACAUCAGGUAUGUGAUGUGUCAGCUUUGGUUUAUAAUACUUUUGUAACUUUGAU